AUGAUCACCAGAGGUUCGAUUGUUGCUGGCUACACUACUUCAGCUGGAAGAAAAUCAGUUAGAGAACUAGAAAAGGAAGACAACAACCCGUUGAAGCGAGCUAGGAGGGAGGAGGUCAUCUACUUCACCGAAGAUGACAUACGGGGGAUUCAGUACCCGCACGACGAUGUAUUAGUUGUCAGACUACUCAGUAAUGAUUUCAGGGUCAAGAGGAUCCUAGUUGACUAUAGCAGCUCCACCAACAUACUGUUCUUGGAAGCCUUCAAGCGGAUGGAGCUCGACGAAACUGACUUGCAGCCUAUUGACAUCCCACUAGUAUGUUUCAACGGCGAGGUAGUCUGCCCUCUUGGCAAGGUGAGAGUGCCAGUAGAGGCAGGCUCGCCUCUCCACACCGUGCAUUUCGAACACGACUUUCUAGUAGUUGCCACCUUGUCCCCCUACAAUGCAAUAUUAGGGCGACCUAUCUUGCACGCUUUGCAAGCUGUUGUCUCGACAUACCACCUAGCAUUGAAGUUCCCGACAAACACUGGCAGAGGGGUGAUGUGUGGUGAUCAACUGGAACCCAGGAAAUGCUAUGUAGCGGCUUUGAAGGCAAAGGGCAAGAUAGCCACCACCAGAAAAUGCUGA